GGCAAUGUGUUCUUAGGCACUUCCUGUUGUGUUUUCUGUUUUUUUGUUUAGUGGCACGUAUUUCUUAGAUUUCAAAGCAUUUACAAGUGUUUUCUAUAAGCUGAGUAGCGAAGAAAUAGCAAUAUGUCAACUGCUGCAAGUAGUAGCAAAGAACCUUCCAUUGUGGAUGAUUUCAUGUAUGGCAGCAAUGUCGCGUCAGCCCAUGUCACAAUUAGACUUGGGUUUCUACGGAAGGUGUAUGGCAUUCUUACCUCCCAGCUGCUGCUUACAGCCCUGGUUGGGUUCAUUUUCAUGAUGCACGAUGGGAUCAAGACCUUUGUCCAGACAAACAACUGGAUGAUGCUGGUUGCCUUUAUUGGGACCCUGGCCACGCUGUUACCGUUGAUGAUAAAACGUCAGGAGACACCUACAAACUAUAUCCUGCUGGCUGCAUUUACAUUAAUGGAAGCAUACACUAUUGGGGUUGUUGUGACGAUGUAUGACAAACUGGUGGUUCUUGAAGCUGUAAUCCUAACACUUGGGGUAACAGCUGCCUUAACAGUCUACACACUACAGAGCACCCGAGACUUCAGCUCCUGGGGGGCAGGACUGUUUGCCUGCUUGUGGGUCCUGAUCUUGGCCAUGUUCUUACAGAUUUUCUUCCCAAGUGAGAUGGUCGACAAAUUGAUCUCCAUUGGCGGAGCAUGCCUGUUCUCGCUGUUUAUAAUCUUCGACACACACAUGAUGAUGCACAAACUUUCUGCAGAGGAAUACAUUCUGGCUGCCAUCAAUCUGUACCUCGAUAUUCUCAACCUCUUCCUUCAUAUCCUGCGUUUGCUCGGGGAGCGGAGAAACUGAUCCACUGGUGUUUGUGAUUCCUGGGACUGAGUAACUGAUCCUAUGAAACGUUUUCAUGGCUUUGAUAUUAACUUUGUCCCUGUCAAACUGUUUGGUUUCAAGAAUUGGUUCAUUUUAAUGAUGAAUGAAGACUUAAAAUUAUUGUUUAUUUUUAUACUUUUAAUAGCUUAAAGUUGUCAUAAAAAAGGUUUUCUUACUUUCAGCUUUGAGAAUCAAAAGUGAUGUUUUUGCAAGUAACAGUUUUAUUUAUUGGUUAAUGUUCAUUCUCAUUAGAAACUUAUGUUGUUAAUAUCACAGUGGUUAAUAAUUGUUCAAGAAGUAUUUAUUAUACCACAUUGAUAAAGAAAUCUCUAAUUAAAUGUGAAUUCAGUUAAUAUUGUAAUCAGAAAUCUAUGCUAUUAAAUAUUUGGAUAAAGCUCAUUAAUUUGCUCAUAAGUUGUAUUGCAAGAACAUAUACGGUAAAGUGUCGGUGAAAUGAAAUGGUAAUGGUACAGGAGUACUGCAGGGCUUCCGUUAAAGGAAGUUUGGAAGUAUAUUACUCCCUAGAAAUGGGUUAAAACUUCCAAAAUUGAUUCCUUGGAAGUACAAAAACUUCCAUAAUUUUGAAGAAAACUUCUAAAGCUGGGAAGUUCAAAAUAUCAAAACCUUUUGUCAAUAUUACUUUUAUAGUCCUAAUUCAAUCAGUUUAAAGUGUUUUUAAGUAAAAUUAAUUAUAAUAAUAAAAGUUAAAGUGCAAAUUAUUUGAUUUUAAAUAUAUUUGUUGAAAAAUAGCUGCAAAAGAUAUUGUAUUUUGGAGGCUUUAAAAUUCCAUAUUUCAGUGUAAAACUUCCAAAAGUGGUUGACAGGAAGUUCAUACUUCCAGUUUCAAAUUCUUAAUGGAAGCCCUGCAGUACUGGAGUAUUUCUCCAUGCUUUCAUUAUUUACAUUAGAGAAGCUUUUUACCAAACAUUUAUCUGGGUUCCAUGCUUUAAUUAGAAAAUGCCAUACCAAAUUGAUUCUAUGUUUAUUUUCAGGUUCGCAUGGCUGUUCUUGCGUUUACUUUCAUAAUUCAUGAUGCAAGUCUAUGUUUACUCAUUAAUACAACAUCUUACACUGUCAUUAUACUUGUUCUUGAUGGGGAUUGUGUUCUGCUAUAAAAUGCUGUUUGGGAUUUUGAUUGAUAAGAAGUUUAUCUUAAUAUGGUGAUCUGUUAAAAACUUUUUUUCAUGUUAAUUUUUCGAUCAUUGUAAAUAAUAGUUGUUUCAUGGGUUAAAUUUAUUACAUUUAUACAACUAAGGGGAAAUCAUCUUGUAGACAAUCUUGUUUAAGUGAUUUAAUUUCAACAUUUACUUUUUAGCAUUUGUAGUGAGUGGCGCUGGCUUGCCACUGUUUGUAUGAUGUUGUAGGGUCUGUUUACUGCAUCAAUAAUUCCUGUCUGGAUAAUCAAAUUAAUUUUUUAUCUAGUGUGGACUGAAAAAACUAAAUAUAUAAAAAAAUACUUAAGUAUUGUUAAUAUAAAACCCAACUGUUAUUGUUGUAUCUAUCAGUUGAUCAGUGUUAGUUUUUCAUCUAUUGUUUAUACGAAUGUAUUCGAGAUUUAAGGGAGGGAAAUAUAAAUGCCUCUUUCUACUAUACAGACUUAAAAUUUAAAUACAAAUGAAAACCCUCAAGUAGUUCUUCAUACUGGGAUUCUGUGAUGAAUAUUUCCUGUUUUGUUUUUGUUGUUUAUAGUUUUUCAUCAUUUUAUGUAUUUAAUAUUGUUGGUCAUAUUUUGGUUGGACAUGAAUCCUGUUGCUUUAUCAUUGGUGACUUGAUAAAAUAAAUUGUAUAUAAAUCAG